AUGGAGAAUGAUAUGGAAGGUGUGCAUUGGUGCAACAUAUGCUCUAAAAUGGUGAAUCCAAUUAGUGAGGCUGAGAACGUAUGCCCAUUUUGUGAGACUGAAUUUUCUGAGGUAAUGGACAAUAUAAGGGACCAGAAUGAUGUUAUCGACUUGAGGUCAGCUUGGGUGUUCUCACUUUAUGCCCCAAUUUUUCUUGGUUUGAUGGGUGCUUUCAGUCCUUCUCUAGCAAGAAUUGCUCCACACGGAGGUAGCAGCUCGAGAGGGGAGGAAGAAGAGGUUGAGCAACAUAUGGAAAAUGAGCUUGUGCUUGGAAGAAGGAGAAGAACUUCAUCAUACAUGAUGCAUCUUUUUCGUGGACUUCAUGUUAGGAUGGUGUCUGAAUUUGAAAACCUUGAAGACAAUAGAAACAUGGAUAAUAGCAGCAUACUUGUUAUUGAUCCAUUCAAUGAAGGUGCAUUGAUUGUGAGAGGCCCUAACCUGAAUCACACAAGUAUUCCAAAUGAGAAUAAUAUUGUUGGUAGCUCCCUAAAUGACCUUGUGGUAGGUUCUGGCUUUGAUUUGUUACUGCAACACUUGACACAAAUUGGUCCUGGUGGGUAUGCAAGCGUGAACCCUCCAGCACAGACAGAAGCCAUUGAAGCAUUGCCUAGUGUGACAAGUGUGGAGAAGUUGCAGUGCACAGUGUGUUUGGAGGAUGUUGACAUUGGGAGUGAAGCAAAGGAGAUGCCAUGUAAGCAUAAGUUCCAUGAUGACUGCAUUGUCUCAUGGCUAAAACUUCAUGGUUCUUGUCCAGUUUGCAGGUUUCAAAUUCCAUCUGAGGAUCCAAAUGUUGAAGCCAAUGUGGGCAUUGGAAAUGGGGACAAUCAAAACAAUGAGCUGGUUAGAGCUGGAGAAGAGAGACCAAGAAAUGGAAGGAGGAAUUGGUUUCCAGUGCUACAAUCAUUUAACAAUUUUCUUCCUGCUCCUUGA